AUAGAACAAAGUAUUUUUAUUAUGAUUCAUAACCCAUUAUCUAUUAUAUGUGCUGCACGAACAUGGUAUGAUAUAAGUUGCAGUCAUACCACUCGUGCAAAGUGGCUGAUCUUCCACCAUGGAAAGUCACAUGCAUUAUUUAACACAGUGAAGAAAGGUCCAAAGUUUUUAAUAUACGAUCAACUUAAAGCUUUGUUUUCUUUAAACAUUCUUCCAUCACGGUAUUUUGUCCAGCGUCUAAUAUUAGUAUUUGGACAGGUAGACGGUGAUCUUGUCAACAUGAAGAUAAGAAAUGAAAUAUCAGAUUAUGACAUUUCUCUAAUGAGAAAAACUAAAAGUUCCUGGGCUGCAGAUAUAGAUUUUAAUGUUUUUUAUUGCAUUCUAACAAAAGCUCAUGAGCUUUAUGGUAAAGAGAAUCUAAAGAUUAGGGGAAAUGAUAUGGAAUUGUUCCAUUUUCUAUCCGGAGGAUCUAAAAAUUUGGCUGACGCGAAGAUUAUUCUAGAAAACAACUAUGAUAAGAUCUCUGAGCUUAUUAGUAUAUAUAGAUUUACUCCAUUUCCCAGAAGACCAAAUUUCUCAG